CUGUAUGCGUGAAAACAGAAAAUCUAUAAUUUUGAGUGUUUAUUACGAAAAAAAAUAAUAAAACAAAAUUAUUUUAACAAAAAAAAAAUGUUGAGUUAUCAAAUAAAACGAGGUUAAGUUCAAAUCGUUCAGUGCUAAAAAAAUGUAGUGUAUUUCCAUGAAAAAUUUAAUCGAAAGUUGUUUUCCCCUUUCACUGUCACCUGUCACAAUCACAAAAGCAUUCAAUUCUAAUUAGAAAUCAGCCAAGUUUAAUUUAGUUAAUCAACCAAAUCAAAAUGAAUCAUUUCAAUUACAUUCCAACGACUGAAUCGACAGAGUUUGAAUUACUAGAGAGUCAAAGUCAGACUGAGACAAUGUCAAUGGUUACGGAUGAAGCAAAUGCAAUGGAUAAUUUGUAUCCGGCAUUGAUACAAUGUUUUGCGGUUAUACUUUGUGGAUACAUCGCUGGUCGCAUGAAACUGAUAUCAGAAAGUGGUAUGAAAGGUUUGAACACAUUUGUGGGUACGUUCAGUUUACCAUCACUGAUAUUUUUAUCGUUGGCUGAGUUAGAUUUGUCAGCAGUGAAUUGGCUCUUCUUGCUAUCAAUAUUUAUUGCUAAAAGUAUUGUAUUCUUUGCUGUGAUAGUUCUAACGAUUCUCGUCACUAGACCCAUUAAUUUAGGCAGUGCUGGUUUACACGCCAUCUUUUGUACCCAAUCGAAUGAUUUUGCUAUUGGAUAUCCUAUCGUUUCAGCAUUGUAUGCUAAAACACAUCCAGAAUUUGCAUCAUAUUUAUAUUUAAUGGCACCGAUCAGUUUGGUCAUGUUAAAUCCGAUUGCAUUCAUUUUAAUGGAAAUACAAAAAAUGAAACGGAAUCCUGGAACAGAUGCAGCAAGUGGUACUAAUUCAAAUACAAGCAGUAUGGAAUCAUCAAAUCCACCGCUACAAAUUACUAAUCCAUUCAAAAUGGUCCUGUCCGUUAUUAGGAAUGUUCUACUCAAUCCAAUUGUUACAAUGACCAUUUUGGGUAUUAUUGGUAAUUUAUUGUUUCAUCAUCAAAUUCCAGUUGUUGUGCGUCCUAUUUUAAAUGUAUUAGGUUCAGCUUUCAGUGGAACAGCAUUGUUCUCAUUGGGCUUGCGCAUGGUGAACAAAGUGAACAAAUUGAAAGGUGAUGGUCUAGUGGUUCCAGGCAUUCUAAUUAUUGUCAAAUUGUUAGUUCUACCGCUAGUGAUUCGUGAAACAGUCAGUGUACUUCAUACCGGCUUCAAUCAAACGGAAACAUUGGAUUUAAGUACGUAUGGUUUCUUGUAUGGAACAUUUCCAAGUGCACCCGGUGUUUAUGUGUUUGCCUCACAGUAUAACAUUGAAGUUGAUCUGACGGCUAGUUCCAUGGUUGUAUGUACAUUUUUAAGUGCACCAUUAAUGUACAUUUCGGCAAAAAUGAUAUCGAUAACUCGAUUGAAUCCACAUGAAUAUUUACCAGCGUUAGAUACGUACUCGUUUGAAGUAGCCAUUGCAAGUUUAGUGGCAUGUGUUUGGCUAAUAUUUGUAUUUUUACUAACCAAAAAGUACAGUCGAGUUCCACAUCGAAUCACAUUAUGUUUAAUUGUUUCACAGAUGUUAUCUUCAAUUGGAAUGAUUCUUUGGUACACAGUUGCUAAAAGUCAAGAUUUUAUGUAUGUGUUUGAAUUUUUAAUUUAUACGACUGGAGUUUAUAGUUCUCGAAUUUGGACCGCAUUUUUAUCAAUUACAUUACUCUUCUUACAAUGUCGAAGUUUAUGUUUUGUAUUGAAGUUACAACCAUUUUUUAUAAUAUUUGGAUGGGGAAUACCAAUUUUAAUUGCUAUGGUUUUAUUAAUAUUUGAUCAACAAAAUCCAAUACCAUUUGAUAAACAGAAUCCAAAUUUUCAAUAUGGCGCUGUUCAAGCAGCUAUUUCUGUCUUUAUCUUAAUCAUGUGUUUUAUAGUAUCUGUGGGAUGUUUAAUAUUACAACAACGAUAUCGUAAGAGAUAUGAACAAUAUUUAUCAUUGAUCCAUGAUAUAUCAUCCGCUGACACAAACUGUGUGAACAGCAACACUACUGACACGGAAGAUGAGAGUGAAGUGUCACGCACAACCAUACGUCAUGACACCUUACGUUCCUUACCGACAAUAACCGAAGUGGAUAAUCGUCAAGUACCUGAUAUUGAAGAUUUACUAGAGAAUGUCAUGACAAACUCAAUACUAAGUAAUCUUACACCACGUGCAAAUGAUGUUCUAAAUCCCGAUCCCGAAAUGUGUCCAAGUCGUUUUCGAUGUCGUCGUGAGAAUUGUCACAGCACAAUACAAAGCUAUCAACAAGUCAAUAGCAAUCAUCGUAAUUCCUCAACGAAUUCGGCUGAGUUACCUUUAAAUCGUACUCCUUCGGCUUGUGUCCCACCAGCUAAUGAACCCGAAGCACAAAUUUUGAAACAUGUUAUAUUAAUUAUUUUACUGUUAGCAUCCAUGUUUACUGGUUUGGCUGUUUCUAUUUGGACACUAAUUAUGGAACAAAUGAGUGGGAUUUAUAUUGAACUAGCAUUCUUGGAUGCAACACUGAAUUGUGGCCAAAGUUUAAUUGUGUUCGCUGUUUUUGGAACGCAUUUUAAAGAUUUACGACCAAUUAUGAAGGUGAUUAAGAAAAUAUAUUAUGGUGCAAACUCGUUUAUUACGUCUAACGAUAACGAAUUAUCCUUCGAAACGAAGUUCAUUUGUGAACAGUUUGUUAUGCAUCAUGUUCGAAAUUGUGAACAAGCUAUUAGUGCUAACAAAAGGCAUAUGCUAAAAACGUACAAACGCGCAUUUACUGGUGCACAAUUGGUUGAUUGGCUACUAGAUGUAAGUCUCGCACAAGAAAGGGUUGAAGCUGCACAUUACGCUCAACACUUACUUUGGGGUCAGGUGAUUCGUCAUGUGGAUGGUAGAAGACAAUUUCGUGACUCAAAUUUACUGUAUACAUUUGAGCACUAAACUGUGUUAACAACCAGAACACAUCAAAAGCAAGAUCAAAAAUUUCGAAUGAAAAUUAAAAAAAACAAAAACAUUUUCAUUCUAGAACAGAAUACCCUAAAUCAAAAACUGAAGACUGUUGUUUAUUGCGGCCAAAUCACACAUAAAUUGAUCCAACCCCAAUUUUAUAUAUACAGAGUGUCACACCAAUACAUAGCGGCUUUUGUAUCAUCGAAUUUUGCACAUAAAAAUAAGUAAUUCGACCUUUUUUAAGGGGUUAUAUCCAGUUGCAAAAAACACGUUUUUAAAAAACGUAAACAUAUAGGACGUUUAUUUAAUUUUAAAGUCUCGUUGUCCGAAUUCAAAAAUUUGAUACGGUACUGCUCCUGUUGGCGAUCUUUUGGAGGUCCUUCAAAAAAAGUUAUCCGGCGGGGAGCACCAUAUAUCUGGUUAAAACUAUCCAGAAAAUUUCUUUAGUCGAUAGAUGAAUACAGGUA